CUCCUCCUCCACAGAGAUUUACAGACUCCAUCCCACAUCACUGAGGCCCACUGGAUCCAAGAAGAACUGCUGCAACAGUCCCACAAUCAUCAUCUGCCACCAGAACGGAAAGAUACGGAACUUUGUCUAAUUGUCUGAAGAGAGAAGCUGCUCUGACAACAUCUGAUUCUUCUCUGUGCCUUUUUGGGGACAAGAGGGGCUCAAGAUGCCAGAACCUACAAAGAAAGAUGAGAUGUCAAAUGGGCAACCAGAAGAAACGGUUGCCCCCGAAACUGUUUCCUCUGAAAGUGUUCCCUCCGAAAGUAAGGAUGCCCUGCCUAUACCUGAGAUUUCCUUGAAGGUCUCACCGCCCCCAGAGCCCAUAACAGAGGCCGUAACUGAAGCAGUAACAGAGGCCAUAACCGAGACCAUAACAGAGGCGGUAACAGAGGGGAAAGAGCCAGUAGAGACUGAUGAGAGGAAACCAGAGCCCUCAGAGCCUUUAGUUGUAGCUCAGGAGCCAAGCCCCACAGAGAAUGGCUCUGACCAGCCUCAGUGUGGUGUGAAGGGGAUGAAAGAGGCAGAGGCUCCUGGCUCUGCAGUAAAGGAGGAGAGUUCUAUCUCUCCCCCACCCAUGGGUGAUGAUGCUCCUGCAGCCACUAGCCCCUCCCCAACAUCCCCAGCAGAAGAUGCCAGUUCAGUCAAGAAAGUGUCCAUUGAUCUGCCUAAUGAUAGUGUUCCUGUGCCAGCAAAGGAGAGAAAGGACUCAGUGUGGUCUUUGGGAGAUGGCCAGGCCCCAGAGGAACUUGAAAAGCCCAUCGACACCCCUCCUUUGUCCACUCUGCUCAUAGAGAAACCACAGAGUGGCACUGUGCCUGUGGGAGGAGACAUUACCUUUGUUGCUAAAGUGGAAGCGAAAGAUCUUCUCCGGAAGCCAACUAUAAAGUGGUUCAAGGGAAAAUGGAUGGAUCUCGCCAGCAAGACAGGAAAGCAUUUACAGCUGAAAGAAACCUUUGACAGGCUUACAAAGGUACACACAUUUGAGAUGCACAUCAUAAAAGCCAAAGAGAACUAUGCUGGAAACUAUAGGUGUGAAGUCACUUACAAGGACAAGUUUGACAGCUGCUCUUUUGACUUGGAGAUUAAAGAAACUGAACAGAGCUCCCAAAACAUUGACAUUCGCUCAGCUUUUAAAAGGAGCAGUGAAGGACAAGAAGAUGCAGGAGAGCUUGACUUUAGUGGUCUUCUUAAACAUAGGGAGCCUAAACAGCAAGACGACACCCCAGAGGUAGACGUUUGGGAGAUCUUAAAAAAUGCGCGGCCCGAUGAGUAUGAGAAGAUUGCAUUCAUGUAUGGCAUCACAGAUCUUAGGGGUCUGCUACGGAGGAUGAAGAAAAUACCCAAAGAGGAGAAGAAGAGUGAAGCAUUUGCAAAGAAGUUGGAACCAGCCUAUCAGGUAGAUAAAGGAGGGAAGAUCCGCCUUGUGGUGGAUUUGGCUGACCCCACGGUGGAUCUGAAGUGGUACAAGAAUGGACAAGAAAUCAGACCAACUCCCAAUCAAAGGAAGUAUAUCUUUGAGCAUAAAGGCACACAGAGGAUUAUGGUCAUCAACAACUGCACCAUGAAUGAUGAUGCAGCCUAUUCUGUGGCUGCAGGAGAUGAGAAGUGUACUACUGAGCUCUUUGUGAAAGAGCUGCCAGUUAAGAUCAUAAAAAGUCUUGAUCCUGUGAAGACUACUGUGAAUGAGCGAAUUGAACUGGAGUGUGAGGUGUCAGAGGAAGGUGCUCAGGUGAAAUGGAUGAAGAAUGGUGUUGAGGUCCCAACAGGAGUGCGUUCCCGAUAUCGAGUUAAGUGUGAAGGCACUAAACACUAUCUGGUGAUUGAUGAUGCCUCCAGGGAGGAUACAGGGACAUACUCUGUCAUGGCCAGUGGGGGCACUUCUGAGUGUCAUGUACAGGUUGACCUGAAACCCCUUAAGAUCUUCCAGGAUCUGCAGGAUAUAACCGUAAGGCUGGGGCAGCCAAUUAAGUUGCAUUGUGAGAUUUAUCCGGGCAAUGUACCUGGCCGCUGGUACAGAAAUGGACAACUGAUACAGCCCAAUGACCGCAUCAACAUUAUUCACAGGAACAAAAUCCAUCGACUGGAAAUUGAAUCUUGCUCCUUACAUGAUGCUGGAGAUUACACCUUUGUGCCUGAGGGAUAUUCUCAAAGCCUUUCUGCCAAAGUUCACAUCAUUGACCCACCAAAAGUUCAUCUGGACAGUUUGAAUUUUCCAGACAACACGGUGGUAAUUGUUGCAGGAAACAAACUUCGACUGGAGAUUCCCAUCAGUGGUGAACCAGCUCCCAGGGUGGUGUGGAUGAAGGGUGAAAGGGUCAUUCUUGAGUCUGGUCAUCGUGUUAGGGCAGAGACUUAUGGAGACCAGACCAGUUUGACAAUUGAUGUCACUGAGCGCGACGACACUGGAAACUACAAGAUAGUUCUGCAGAAUGAAGCUGGGGAGGCUACUGCCAGUGUCAAGAUCAAAGUUGUUGACAUACCUGAUGCCCCUGAUGCUCCAUUGGUCCCAGUUGUGGGUGGCGAUUGGUGCUCGAUGACAUGGGAAGCUCCCAAGUAUGACGGGAGUUCGCCUAUAUUAGGCUACUUCAUUGAAAGAAAGAAGAAACAGAGCUCAAGAUGGAUGAGACUAAAUUUCGACCUGAUCAAAGAAACAUGUUUUGAGCCUAAGAAGAUGAUUGAGGGCGUGCCUUAUGAAGUGAGAGUCUUUGCAGUCAAUGCCAUAGGCAUAUCCAAGCCUAGUGAGCCAUCAAAAGCUUUUAUUCCCCUGGCUGUAACCAGUGAACCCACUAUGCUGGUGGUUGAUGAUGUCACUGAUAACUCAGUCACUCUGAAAUGGCGCCCACCUGAAACCAUUGGAGCCGCUGGUCUGGAUGGAUAUUUAGUGGAGUACUGCUUGGAAGGAACUGAUGAGUGGAUUGCUGCAAAUUCAGAACUGAUAGAGAAGACCAAGUACACCAUCACAGGGUUAAAACCAGAGUCUAAAAUCUUAGUACGUGUUAAGGCCAUCAAUAAAGCUGGGGCUAGUGCGCCGAAAACCAUUCAGCACUCUAUACUGGUCAAAGAGGUUAUUGAACCACCAAAAAUCCGUGUGCCACGCCACCUGAAACAAACAUACACCCGCAGGGUCGGAGAGGCAGUUAACCUUGUUGUUCCAUUUAUGGGUAAACCCAGGCCAAAGGUCACCUGGCUAAAGGAAGGCAAGCCCAUUGAGCCAACUCAUGUCAGCAUUCGCAACACUGACAGUGAUAGCAUCAUCUUCAUCCGCAAAGCGGAGCGCAGCCACUCUGGGAAGUACGAUAUGAAAGUGCAGGUUGAAAAUCAUGUGGACACAGCUAUCAUUGACAUACAGAUAGUAGACCUACCUGGACCGCCUCAGUCUGUGAUAAUUGAAGAUGUCUGGGGAGGAAAUGUAGCUCUCAUGUGGACACCACCAAAAGACAAUGGAAAUGCACCAAUAACUGGCUAUACUAUUCAAAAAGCAGACACAAAAACUAUGGAGUGGUACACAUGCAUCGAGCAUUACCAUCGCACCUGUAUUACCAUCACAGAGCUUGUGGUUGGUAAUGAGUAUUACUUCAGGGUCUUCUCUGAGAACAUGUGCGGCCUGAGCGAAUCUGCUACUCAAACAAAAAAGAGUGCGCUCAUUAUGAAAGAAGGCAUGCAGCUCAAAAUUCCCGAGUAUAGCGACCGUGACUUCAAGGAGGCACCCAAGUUUACCCAGCCGCUGAUCAACACGUUUGCCAUCGCCGGAUACAAUGCCACUCUAAACUGUAGUGUCCGUGCCAACCCAAGGCCCAAAGUGAUCUGGAUGAAGAAUAAAAUUACCAUCCUAGACGAUCCUCGCUACCGUAUGUUCAGUAACCAAGGCGUCUGCACACUGGAGAUCAGGAAGCCCAGUCCCUAUGAUGGCGGGAUGUACACUUGUAAGGCCAUCAAUGACCUUGGAGAGGCGCAGGUUGACUGCAAACUGGAGGUCAAAGUCCAAACUCAAGAAUUGUGAAUGUAUGUUCUCAUAUAAGGAGGAUUCACCUUUUAUGAGCUCAUGCAUCGUGGAGUGCCACUACACUUGAUCGACAAGUACAUGAAUGAAGCUAAGAUUGUUGAGCAAGAGAAGUAGAUGCACUGUGCAAUUAGACACUUUGUCAACUCCUAUUCUACCCCAGCAAUCUCAUUCAAGUGGAUAUCCCAGCAUCCGAAAGUGAUGAAGAAACAGGGGCUAGGCUGCAUGUAAAGGGCUUCCCCCACCACAAGACUGUCAGACAUCAGUCGUGUGCAAAACAUAAAUAUUGUAAAUGCUCUCAAAAAGCAAGAAUGAAUUUUGUUUACAAAUGAAAACAAUCACACUGUGUAUGCCCCACUUAAAUUAUAUGAAAUUAAUUCACAAAUAUUGUCACUGAAGAUAAUGGAAAUGCUUUUGACUGGGAUAUGAUUAGGUCAGUGUGGGAGCAGUGUAAGUAGGACGACUGGGCUGUGGUAUAGUUUGCAGAUUGUGUGCCAUUUUGUUACCACUGCAAAAGUAUAACAUUGUUUAUUGGCCUUUGGAUUUUUUAAAUGUACAAGUUCAGAAAUGUAUUGACAUUUUCAUACACAUUGUAAGCUAAAAACCUGCACAUAUACCAUUUGUGUGAUUUGUUGUGGCUGACAUGUAAAGUAAAGGUGAUAUGUAUGAAUAUAGAGCUUUCUGAGAACUUCUUUAGGCUGUGUCAAAUAGGCUAUAGGCUGACAAUGGGUUGAGUAAUGUUGACGAAUGAAUUCCUUUGAUUCUAAUACUUGAGAAUUAAUAUAAUGAAAAUUAAGAUCUAUCUCUAUAAGAAAUUAUAUUUUUCACAAAUGGCAAAAGUUUAAUGUCAAACACUGGCACAUGAAAAAAUUGCAAUUAUGUCAUACGGAUUACAAUAAAAUUGUGACGUACUUACACUACAUG